UGUUUCACUACAAUCACUUUGCUUUUCAAAGCCAUUCUCUGCUUCUUGAUUUCCCACCACCCUUCUUUGUCAAGCCCGUUCCCUUUUUUCUCUCUCUCUCACAAUGGCAAGUGCAGAGAUUACUCAGUUGCGUCGCCAGGCUGCUUACAUAAAAAAGUCCCUCUUUGAGCAGGGUUAUCUGGAUGAGCAGUUUCUUCAGCUGGAGGAGUUGCAAGAUGAUACAAAUCCUAAUUUUGUGGAGGAAGUUGUAACCUUGUUCUUCAAGGAUUCAGCUAGAAUCAUAGCUAACAUUGAGGCAGCAGUGGAAAAGACUCCUCUGGAUUUCAAGAAACUGGAUACAUACAUGCACAAUUUCAAGGGUAGCAGUUCAAGCAUUGGAGCUCUUAGGGUGAAGAACGAGUGUACGCUGUUUAAGGAGCAUUGCCAGCAAGGAAAUGGAGAAGGAUGCUUGAGGACUUUCCAGCAAAUAAAAAGGGAGCACGCUACUUUGAGAAAGAAGCUCGAAACUUACUUUCAGUUACUAAGACAAGCUGGACCGUAUGAAACGGCUACUCGCCCCCAGUGAAAGUGGCCCACCGCAAGCGACAGUGAAGAUGAUAAUCCUAGAAUUAUAGUUUCAUAAGGUUUUUUUUUUUUUUUUUUUUUUUUUUUUAAAUUUACUUAAAGUUGUUAUAGAUAGUGUACUUUAAUCUAAGCACUUAAAAGUUUGGUUUGCCCUUAAAAAGUUUGGUUUUGAUAGAUUUAAUUUGUUGGGAACCUGUUUGGUUUGGUUUUGGUGUCUUUC